AUGCUGGGCAUCAUGCCAUGGUCCUUCAAACACUACACCAUCAUUUUAGCUGGAUCAGGCCUCCUGUGGUUUUUCAUCAGUUUGAGAACCCCAAAGAUAAAUGAAGACAUCUAUCUUCUGGAAACAAAGCGGUCAGUGGAUCAGAAGUUCAGCUCCAAGAGUGAGAAAUACCUUCUGGAAAACUCACAUAAUGUCGCAAGCAGAGUCUCCCAUCUCACCUACCAAUACCUGGCUGGAGCCCUGCCCCUAAAAAAAAAAAUUCUUACUGUGGGGCUGUCCUCAAUGCAGAGUCCUACAGGAAGAUAUCUCAUGAGUACUUUGAGGUCUGUGUUCAGAGUUUCCUCCAAGAAUGAAUUGAAGCACAUCACAGUGCUUGUGCAUCUAGCCGAUUCUGACCCUGAUUGGCUCAACGAGACGGUCAGUACCAUCGUCAGCCACUUCACCCCACAGAUCCUCCGAGGGCAGCUGCUUGUGAUCCACGCCCCAUCUGCAGCAUACCAGCACUUGUGGGCCCAGCCGUACACAGUCUUUAAUUUCUCUGACAUAAAGUCCUUCCAGUCUAAGCAGAUGUUGGAUUAUGCCUUUCUCAUGAGCUUUGCUGCCAACCUCUCUGACUACUUCCUCAUGAUCGAGGACAACAUCUGGUGUACCCGCCACUUUGUCACUACUAUCCUGCAGGAACUAGAAGCCAGAAAGGAUAAACCAUGGACAAUCAUGGAGUCUGCCAACCAUGGCUUAGUUGGCAAGCUUUGCCAUUCCAGGGAUCUCCCCAAGCUGGCAGGUUUCCUCCUCCUUUUCUACCAGGAUGAAUCCCCUGAUUUGCUUCUCUUCCAUUUCCGAAGCCUUCAGGGCCAGCAGGAUCCCAUCCAUUUAAGUGCCUUCCUCUUUUACCAUUUUGACAGCUACUCUUCUUUCUUGCCUCAUGACCUCUACACAUGUGAAAUACCAGACAGUGAGAAGUUUCAAGAGUAUAACUUUGACAUUCCAGAUAACCCACCUGCAUUCAUCUACACUGAUAUGCAGACUCUUCAGAACUAUUUGCCCAAAAAUGUCUAUAGCCUGGAUGAAACAUUCUUUUUGGCUCCAGAUGCUGUGCCUGGACACCAGCUGAUUGUAAUCCUGAAUAAGAAUUCUAAUGUGAUUCGGGUGCAGGUGCUGACAGGUACAGCUGUAGAGAAGCUGCAGAGUUUGGAGGGAAAAGUGGAGUUGGGUUCUAAUCCCACUGGGGAAUCAAAACAUUGUACCAAGUAUACCUUUCUGGGACAGCUGUGGGAUGGGCAGUUGGACUGCAGGGUGAGAUACAGACAGACAGGACACGGUGUGAGCUGUGUGCGACUUGUAGUGACCAGUCCUAAGCCAUGGGUCCUGGUCAGACACAUCAACAUCUGGGUCAAUGAUGACGACUAG